CAGAUCCACUCGUUCAAUAUUUCGUUAGGACAGUCGAAUUGCAACUUUUUUUAGAGGAGGCCUACGCGAAGGCCUGGCGUACCCGGCCGUUUUCCCGCAACAACGGCAUUUGUCCGUGUCACCGGUCGAAAACAUCCAUCGUAGAUAGAAGAACCCAUCACAAGUUCACCUCAUUACCUUAAUCAUGGCUCCCGGAGCUCAAAUUCCGUCGAAAUGUCCGCUCCGCACGAUAAAGGAGAUCCAGUUCGGUCUUCUCUCUCCAGAGGAGAUCAAGGGCAUGAGUGUCGUGCACAUCAUCUACCCAGAGACGAUGGACGAGCAAAAGCAAGAACCUCGAGCGCAGGGUCUUAACGACCCUCGUCUUGGCACUAUUGACCGCAUGUACCAGUGCAAGACGUGCAAAGAAGACAUCAACGUCUGCCCGGGACAUUUUGGCCACAUUGAGCUAGCGGUUCCCGUCUUUCACGUCGGUUUCGUCGUCAAGAUCAAGAAGAUCCUCGAGACGGUUUGCCACAACUGUGGUCUUAUCCUAGCUGAUUAUUCCACGGCUGAUUGGAAAGCUGCCAUCCGCACCAAGGACGCAAAACGACGAUUCGACACGAUAUGGCGACUCUCUAAGAUCAAGCGUGUCUGUGACGGAUCGAUACCCGAGGAGGAUGGCAAGAAGAAGCAACCCGCUAUCGCCCAUGGCGGUUGUGGCCACAAGCAGCCUGACAGCAUCCGUAAAGAAGGUCUCAAGCUGACCGGUACCUGGAAGGCAAGCAAGGACGACGAAGAAGGUCGCGGUGACGAGAAGCGUGUCAUUACACCGCAAGACGCGCUCAACAUUUUCCGUAACAUCAGCGACUCGACACUCGCCUUGCUAGGCUUGAAUGCCGAUUAUGCACGUCCUGAGUGGAUGGUCAUCACCGUCCUCCCAGUCCCUCCCCCACCUGUCCGUCCGAGUAUCUCUGUUGAUGGAACUGGCCAAGGCAUGCGAGGAGAGGAUGAUCUCACAUACAAACUCGGCGAUAUUAUCCGUGCCAAUGGCCGUGUCAUGGAUUGUAUUCAACAGGGUUCACCUCAGCACGUUUUGACCGAGUUCGAAGCCCUCUUGCAAUACCAUGUUGCCACAUACAUGGACAAUGACGCGAACGGAGUACCACAGGCUAUGCAAAAGUCUGGUCGACCACUCAAGACUAUCCGUGGUCGCUUAAAGGGUAAGGAAGGCCGUCUGCGUGGUAAUCUCAUGGGCAAACGUGUCGACUUCUCCGCUCGUACUGUCAUCACCGGUGACCCGAAUCUUUCUUUGGACCAAGUCGGUGUUCCUCGUUCUAUUGCGAGGACUUUGACCUACCCCGAGGUCGUGACCAAGUUCAACAUCAGCAAGCUUACUGCGCUUGUACGCAAUGGACCUACUCAGCAUCCCGGAGCAAACUAUGUCAUUAAGUCCGAUGGCACGCGUCUAGACCUGAGGCACAACAAGAAUCCAGAUCAGCUACGACUACAGUAUGGCUGGAAAGUUGAACGUCACAUCGACGACGACGACGUCAUCAUUUUCAAUCGUCAGCCAUCGCUGCAUAAGGAGUCUAUGAUGGGACAUCGCGUAAAGGUCAUGCCUUAUUCGACUUUCCGUCUCAAUCUCUCUGUCACCUCACCCUACAACGCUGAUUUCGACGGUGACGAAAUGAAUUUGCACGUUCCACAAAGCGACGAGACUAGAGCUGAAAUCAAGCAUCUGUGCAUGGUUCCUCUCAACAUUGUCUCGCCACAGCGUAACUCGCCCCUCAUGGGUAUUGUACAGGAUACGCUCUGUGGUAUCUUCAAGAUGACACGACGAGACAGCUUUCUCACUAAGGACCAAGUCAUGAACAUCAUGAUGUGGGUACCAGACUGGGAUGGAGUCAUUCCUCAGCCUGCCAUUUUCAAGCCUCGCCCAAGAUGGACUGGCAAACAGAUCAUUAGCAUGGCCUUCCCAGAGCGUCUGAACAUAUUGACAUCUGGAGGUGGCGACGAGGCCUGGCAUCACAAAGAAGACAAGGGUCUCGUUAUCCAGGGAGGUGUACUAUUGGUUGGUGUCCUGGUCAAGAAGGUCGUUGGUGCUUCUGCAGCUGGUGUUAUUCACUUGCUCUUCAAUGAGCUUGGUUGGGAAGCCGCCGUCAAGUUCUUUGAUGCCGCCCAGCGUAUCGUCAACUUUUGGCUCCUACACAAUGGGUUCAGUAUCGGCAUCGGUGAUACUAUUCCCGAUCCUAAGACGGCUGAUGCUAUUCUUGCUGCCAUCACAAAGGCCAAGAGUCAAGUUGAAGAGCUCGUGAAGGUUGCUGCUGCCAACGAGCUGGAACCCAAUCCAGGUCUCAGUGUGCGCGCUACGUUCGAAGCCAAGGUGCAAAAGUCUCUGAACGAAGGACGUGAUCAAGGUGGUGGCGCUGCUCAUCACAGUUUGAAGGAUUUGAACAACGUCGUGCAGAUGGUGUCAUCUGGAUCCAAGGGUUCCACUGUGAACAUCGCGCAGAUGGUGGCUCUUGUCGGACAACAAGCCGUGGAGGGCCAGCGUAUUCCCUUCGGGUUCAAAUACCGCAGUCUGCCCCAUUUCACCAAGGACGAUUACUCACCAGAAUCUCGUGGUUUCAUUGAGAACUCAUACCUUCGUGGAUUGACACCUCAAGAGUUCUUCUUCCACGCCAUGGCUGGUCGUGAGGGUUUGAUCGAUACAGCUGUUAAGACUGCCGAGACUGGAUAUAUUCAGCGUCGUUUGGUCAAAGCUCUUGAAGACGUCAUGGUCAAAUACGACGGCACAGUACGAAACUCCAUGGGCGAUAUUGUCGAAUUCGUGUACGGAGAGGACGGUCUUGAUGGCGCUUGCAUUGAGCAUCAGUACAUUGACAGUGUCACCAACCCCACCGCCCAGUUCUACAAGACCUACAAGGUUGACGUGAUGGGCGAUACACUCCCUAUUGAUCCAUCUAUACUCCUUUGCGCACACGACAUCCAGGGUGAUUUGGACGUUCAACGCUAUCUUGACGAAGAAAUGGCUCAGCUCGAGGAGGAUAGAGAUUUUGUUCGACCCCGCCUGAUUGACGACUCACAACGAUUCCCAUUGCCACUGAACAUCGCUCGAAUGCUCGAGACUGCCCAGGCCAAAUUCAAAAUCGACACCAACAAGCCUAGCAACCUCCAGCCCAUUGAAACUAUCACUCGUGUCCGUGAGACGUUGGACAAAUUGGUUGUGAUUAGAGGUGACGACCAUCUUUCUCGCGAAGCGCAAGAUAGUGCCACCAAUCUCUUCAAAUGCCAACUGAGAUCUAAGUUGGCUUUCAAACGCCUGGUCAAAGAAUACCGUCUGAACAGAUUGGCCUUGGAGAACGUGUUGGGCGAUUUAGAGGAUCGCUUCCUACGAGCCGCCGUUGCCCCUGGCGAAAUGGUUGGUGUGCUUGCUGCUCAAUCGAUCGGUGAGCCUGCUACGCAGAUGACAUUGAACACUUUCCAUUUUGCCGGUGUGUCUUCCAAGAACGUCACUCUCGGUGUGCCACGUCUUAAGGAAAUUUUGAACAUUGCUGCGAACAUUAAGACGCCUUCCAUGAUGGUCCAUCAAGAAGAUCCAAAUGCCAGUCAACAACAGGCUAAAGAGCUUCGUAGUCAGAUCGAGCAUACAACUUUGCGAUCGCUUGCCUCGACGGUUGAACUGUACUACGAUCCAAUCAUCAAUCAAACAGUCAUCGAAGCCGAUGAGGACAUGGUGGAAUCAUACUUCAUCAUUCCUGAAGAGGAUAUCGACACCGAACAGCAGUCCAAGUGGCUACUCCGAAUCAUGCUUGAUCGCAAGAAGCUCUUGGACAAGCAGAUUAACAUCACGGAGGUCGCGGGCAGGAUCAAACAGGAGUUUGCGCCGAACAUUGCCAUCAUCUUCAGUGACGAGAAUGCAGACGAGCAAGUUCUUCGCGUCCGCUUCAUUUGGGAUAACAACCUGAAGGAAGACGAUGACGACGAUGACGACAGAGAUGAACGAUGGAUGCGCAAACUUGAGAAGCAUCUUCUCGACGAUGUCUCUCUGCGCGGAGUUCGUGGUGUUGAGCGAGCUUUCAUUCGAACAGACAUUCGCUUUGCUGUUCAACCUGAUGGUUCCGUCUACAAGUCGAAGGAGAAGGCCAACUGUAACGAAUGGAUUCUGGAUACUACUGGUACCGCCCUCGCUGAGACUCUUGCUGUCCCCGGCGUCGAUUCGACUAAGACAUAUUCCAAUUCCUUUAUCGAGGUCCUCGCUGUCCUGGGUAUUGAAGGUGCUCGCGCUGGUCUACUUCGAGAACUCAAGAUGGUUUUGUCAUUCGAUGGUUCGUAUGUCAAUCAUCGUCACAUGUCUAUCCUCGUGGACAUCAUGACUCAGCGUGGUUUGCUCAUGGCAAUCACUCGUCACGGUAUCAACCGAAACGACACCGGUGCCCUCAUGCGUUGUUCGUUCGAAGAGACUGUCGAAAUUCUUCUUGAGGCUGCAAGCUUUGGUGAACUUGACGAUUGCCGAGGUGUUUCAGAGAACAUUAUGCUUGGGCAGCUUGCACCUAUGGGCACCGGCGAGUUUGAUCUCGUUAUGGACAACUCGAUGCUUCUCACCAUGAUCGAAGACAACUCCCACAUGCGUGUUGGUGCCAAUGCUGGUGCAUACAUGGACGCCGGCGCUGCCACACCCUAUGAUCUAGGAUCACCUACCUACGAAGGUGGCAUGGGUGGUCCAACAUUCGAUGCUGCUUUCUCACCUCUUGCCGCUCCUGGUGGAGAUGAUCUCGGCAAUGCAAGCGUUCUUGGAAACACAUACGGUAAUGGCGACGAUGGAUUCAGUCCCUUCCCCGGUGCCCGAAGCCCUGGAGGUGCAAUGAGUCCCGGCUGGGGAACCAGCCCUACAUCCCCAGGAUACUCUCCAACAUCACCUGGGUAUUCCCCAACCUCUCCCGGCAUCAGCAGUCCACAGUUCGGAGGUUCUACCUCGCCUGCCUACAAUGCCACCAGCCCACAGUAUUCGCCGACUUCACCGUCUUAUUCUCCUACGUCGCCAGCGUACGGUGCAUCACCCACCUCACCUUCGUAUUCUCCAACUUCACCGAGUUACUCGCCGACAUCUCCUUCGUACUCGCCCACAUCCCCGAGCUACAGUCCUACCUCGCCGGCGCAAAUGGGCCGUGGAGCUACUUCACCUCGCUACAGCCCAACGUCUCCAGCUUACAGCCCUACAUCGCCGAUGUAUAGCCCAAGCAGUCCUCAAUUUGGAGCCGGAGGUGACAGGCGCUCUCCCACGUCACCUACAUCGCCAAGCUACAGCCCGACUAGCCCUGUCUAUAGCCCAACCAGCCCGGCGGUCAAUCAGUACUCCCCAACCUCACCCAGGUUCUCUCCCACGUCUCCUGGUCCGGCGUCGUACUCGGCCACGAGCCCACAGUACUCGCCGACCUCGCCAUCAUACUCCCCUACAUCACCUAAACAAUGAUGACAGUUCUCAUUUGCGGAACACACGUGAUGGGAAUCUUCCUGUAAGGUUAAACCUUGCUUUUGUAUAAAAGUCUUUUCGCUUCACAUAGCGGAUGGCUAAUCUUGGUGACCUUAAGAUCACCGAAUCGAUGAGCCACGUCUAUAAACCGUGCCCGUUCUCCGAGCUCGAUGGCGCCGUACCUUUAGCUAGGCCCACGACGAUAGAACUCCGAGCGCGAGCCUUAUCCCUAAUACUUCUUCC